AUGGCGCGCAACGUUUAUGGCUAUGGCAAUGGCCCUCAGGGUCCAUACACCUUGACUGCGCUCAACAGAUGGUCUGUUGCAGAUAAAGCUCAACUGCCAGCGAUGGAGAAGAUCAAGGCCUUGCACGUCUAUGAUUUUGAUAAUACCCUAUUCAAUAGCCCUCUCCCAAAUCCGAAACUAUGGAAUGGACCCUCGAUCGGCUUUCUACAGUCCCAGGAUACAUUUAAUGCGGGUGGUUGGUGGCACGACUCGAGAAUUCUAGCCGCGACCGGUGAAGGUGUUGAGAAGGAAGAGCCGCGUGCCUGGGAGGGAUGGUGGAACGAGAAGAUCGUCGAGUUGAUCCAGCUCAGCAUGCAACAAAAAGACGCCGUGACGGUUCUGCUCACUGGGCGCUCCGAAAAGGGAUUCACCGAGUUGCUUAAAAAGAUGAUCGCAAGCAAAGGUCUUGACUUUGACAUCAUCGCACUGAAGCCAGCUGCGGGACCCAACAACCAACAGUUCUCAAGUACCAUGAAAUUCAAGCAAGUUUUUCUAGAGACUUUGAUGGAAUCUUACAAAGGUGCGGAAGAAAUCAGAGUCUACGAAGACAGAGUCAAACAUACCAAGGGUUUCAGAGAAUUCUUCACGGACUACAACAAGCGGCAGAAUGGUGCGAAUGGAAGUAUUCCAACUCGAGGCCCAAUCGUCGCUGAAGUUGUUCAGGUAGCUGAGAGCGCUACCCAUCUUGAUCCUGUCCAAGAAGCUGCAGAGGUCCAACGCUUGAUCAACGAUCACAAUGCGUCCAUUGGCAGUGGAGACCAGCGUUCUCGUUUUGCUAUCAAGAAAACAGUCUACUAUACCGGCUAUUUGAUCAGCAACACUGACACACAAAAGCUACUUACUCUAGCUCAGCUCCCCUCUAAAAUGCCCGACACCGAGAUGAAAUUCCUCGCCAAUAAUAUCCUCAUCACGCCCCGCCCCGCCCCUCAGAGUAUCCUCGACAAAGUCGGCGGUAUAGGCAGCAAGAUGAGUUGGGUAGUAACCGGAACCGCCGUCUUCGAAAGUAAGAUAUGGGCUGCAUCCGUCCGCCCCGUCUCAUCCAAUAUAAGCUACUACACCGAAAAUCCCGUCCCCAUGGUCGUGCUUGCGCUCCGCAAAGGCGCUCGCCCUGUUGACGCAGGUAAGAUCCAGAACUGGCAGCCUGUGCCUCAAGACAAGCAGUACGUGUUUGAGAGCACGGUGGGCGAGAAGGUCUUGCUUCGCAUCGAGGCGGAGGACCAGAGCGAGACUUCGUAUGAGAGCCUUUUCCCCAGCAAGACUCAUAAGCGCAAGCAUGCGCCGGACCCUGACGACGCUAGCAGGCGAGAUGGUGGUCCGUAUGGCCAUCCUACAGGUGGUGGCAGAGGUGGCUAUCAGCACGAAAACCACCGUGGAGGUGGGGCAGGUCGAGGUGGUCGGGGCUCUCAUCGUGGUCAGCGUGGAAAUCGUGGUGGUGCAGGUAAGGGGAAUGGUGGUCGAGGUAAGGGCCGUGGAGGGUACAAGAAUUACCAAUCUCUUGACGAUGUCGGAGAGAAGGGUAACAACACGCCCACCUACAACGCCGCCGUGUCGUACGAGGAGUUCCCGCCCUUGCAAAAGCAAUAUCAGACUCCUCAGCAGCUCGUCCAGCAGCAAUUCCAGCAGUACCAACAAUACCAGCAACAGAUGCAGGCCAGGAACGGAAACGGUAACAAGGGCGGCAAUGGUAAUGGUAAUGGGGAUCUGCAGUACUCGUAA